AUGCGGAAAAAUAAGGGGAGUAAUCUCGCUGUUAAACAGACUCCGGCACAUUUAAUCACACCAGAAGAACCGAAGGCCUAUAGUCAUAAGAAUAAUCCUAUAGAGCGUGGUAGUAAAGAAACAGCUCAGAAAUAUGGAAAUAGAGAACCAGAAAGUUCAUCUAUGGAAAAACAUCUGGGUUUACAAGAGAAAGGAAUAGGAGAGCAAAAAGAAAGAGGAAAGGAUGAAAAAAGGGAUCAAAUACCAUUAAGCGAAAUACCCUUACAUACGGUAGAAAGAAGAAACUCAACUGGAAAUGAUAUAUUUUACUCAUCCUUGAAAGAUACUAGAACAUUAGAACAAUCUAUCAUGGCCUUGAUUAAAAAACUAAAGGAUGAUGGACAUAGCGAGACUGUUGAAGUUACAGAUAGUGAAAUAGAAAAGGAGGAAAUAAUAGAGAUUUUAGGUCGUUCAUUGAUGGCCCUUUCACACUGGACCGUACAAGCACAACUGGCACAAUUACAGAGCAAAAAUAAUGAGAGAACAGCCGUGGAGACAAACCUAUUGAAAAAAGAAGUUGAACUUUUACAAGAUCGAAAUAACUUUUCCACUGUAGAAUCCCCCCCUUUGCCAAUAAGUAAAGUAGAAUACGUUCAGAAACCAGUUGUAGAAGAAGGAAUGAGGGUAAUUUAUCCUAGAAAACACUACGCAAUAAGCAAAAAACAACGUAAAACAACCAAUACAAUCAAGUGGAAAAAUCAAUUCAUUAAAACACCUUCAAACAAAAAAACCCCUUCUGAAUUAACACCAACAGCAACUACCAUAGAAAAUGAGGGAGUGAGUUUAUCACCAAAAAUCUCUUUUGUUGAAAAACAAAAUGAUUCCAUUGAAGAUUCUACCCAUAUUCACAAAGAGCUACCGACUAGGCGGACAAAUCCAUAUAAAUUAGAGGAGAGAAAUAAGAUACAGCCAAGAAUAAGGAGGAUAAGUGAUAAUCCGUCAGCGAAUGAAGGUGUAAGAAUUUUUCGACUACGGAAAACAUUAGAUGAUGAAAUCUGA